AUGGCGCGAAUAUGUGCCGUGAUGGCUGCGACGAGUCUCUUCAUCAUUUGCACAGCCGCCCAUCCAUAUCUUGUAUUGCCAAGGAGCCCAUCGAAGCGAGCGUUCGACCGCAUCGACGAUUUCCACGAUUUCGGGCUGAAAAAGCGGGCGUUCGACCGGCUGGACGGCAGCUAUGAUUUUGGGAUGAAUCUCCGUAAACGUGCCUUCGACCGUCUCGACGGUGGAUACGAUUUUGGACUGGGAGUGAAAAAGAGGGCAUUCGACCGGUUGGACGAUGGAGAUUUCUUCGACCGAAGGAGACGCGCCUUUUACAGUAUCGACGAGCUUCGACCGAAGCGUGCCUUCGACCGUCUCGACGGGUUCGGCUUUGGACUCGACAAGCGAUCCGGAAAUCAGAAUGUCCCGUCGGUGGAUGUGGCGCUGUUGAGGGAGUUGGAAGACGCCAUCCGUUCGCUACAGCAGACGAGGGCCAAUGAAGCGGCAUUGAGAUCGAUUGCUCGAUCUAGCAAUCAACAGCUGGUCCUCCUCGAGCCCGAAGCC